GAACCGUUCAUUAUCAUUAUAAUACAUUUUUUCUCAAAUCGAAUCCAAAAAAAAAGAAAUUUUUUUCAAAAAUGAAAUUCAUCAUUACCCUUUUCGCUGCCAUUGUAAUGGCUGCUGCCGUAUCUGGUUUUAUUGUUGGUGACAAAAAAGAAGAUGAAUGGCGUAUGGCAUUCGAUCGUUUAAUGAUGGAAGAAUUGGAAACAAAAAUCGAUCAAGUUGAAAAAGGUUUACUUCAUCUUAGUGAACAAUACAAAGAAUUGGAAAAAACCAAAAGCAAAGAAUUGAAAGAACAAAUUCUUCGUGAACUUACUAUUGGUGAAAAUUUUAUGAAAGGUGCAUUAAAAUUUUUCGAAAUGGAAGCUAAACGUACCGAUUUAAAUAUGUUUGAACGAUACAAUUAUGAAUUUGCUUUGGAAAGUAUUAAAUUAUUGAUUAAAAAAUUGGACGAAUUGGCUAAAAAAGUUAAAGCUGUAAAUCCGGAUGAAUAUUAUUAAUUUAAUCGACAUUUAAUCCAAAAAUGUUUCCAAAAUAAAAAUUUUCUCUUAUAAAAAAAAAAACAUCAAAUAAAAGUUUACUAAAAAAA